AAAUAUUGUUAUUUAAAUUUUAUCUAACAUAGUAUAUUUGUUCAACAUGUUUAUUACACAAAUAUCAAUUUUGAAUAGAAAUUUUUGUUUAAAACAAAAUGUAUCAUUACAAAUUUUAAAAUAUUCAAGUGUGAUUAAAAAACAAACGCCAGUUGAAUAUUGUUUGGAAUUAGUUAGAAAUCAUGAUUAUGAAAAUUAUUUAUGUACAUUACUGUUAUCACAUAAAAAUAAAGCAGCUGCAUUUGUAAUCCGUGCAUUUAAUGUUGAAAUAGCUCAAAUAAAAGACCAAGUGCAUGAUUACGAAAUAGGAAAAAUGAGAUUAAAAUUUUGGAUAGAUGCUUUAAAUAAUACAUAUAAAGGAAAUCCUCCAAGAAGUCCUGUUAUGUUGGCAUUACAUACAAUUUUACAGAAAUAUUCUCUUUCUAAACAUUAUUUUAAACGUCUCAUUGAUAUAAGACUUGAAAAACUUAAAGAUUAUUCAUUUAAUGAUAUGAGUGCAAUAGAAAAAUAUACAGAAUAUAGUAGUUCUUCCAUUUAUUAUCUUUUAUUACAAGCAUAUGGUGUGACUAAUAUUGAUGCUGAUCAUGCUGCAAGUCAUAUGGGCAAGGCUCAUGGCAUUGUGAAUUUAAUUCGAUCAGUUCCAUAUAAUGCUAGCAAAAGAGUAAAUAUGUUGCCACAAGAUAUAUUAAUGAAACAUAAUGUAUCUACAGAAGCUGUAUUACAAGGUCAAUCAAGUAAAGAUCUUCAAAAUGUAAUAUAUGAUAUAGCUUCUUAUGGAAAAUUACAUUUAGAUGCUACAAUUUCUCUUAAACAUAAAGUGGAGAAAGAAGCACAUUUAAUUUUUUUACCAAUAAUUUGUCUUCAAAAAUAUUUAAAUGAAUUGAGAAGAGCAGAUUUUAAUAUCUUUGAUAUAAAAUUACAGAAAAAGGAUCAUUUACUUCCUUUGUACUUAUAUUGGAAAAGUUACACAUAUUAAACUUGAUUUAUAAAUAUUUAUUACAUAAAUUUAGUUUUAAUAAUUAGUUAGUAAUUUAAAUUAUCUUAAUCUCAAUUAAAAUAUUAUAAAAUUAUAAAAAAUAAUAAUC